UCUCUCUCUCUCUCACAUAUUCUUCAAGACCUCGCUGAGGGGAGGGUUUCUCUGCUGAUUUACCGUUAAAUCUUAAGAUUUCCAAUUGUUCUUUUCUCAUUUUUUUUCGGUGCAAGAGGAAUGGGAGACAAUCUCCGUCCUAAUAUUCUGUCGCCGUCACCGGAUCCUGAGGCAACGGUGGGUUGCGGGUUGGCUCGGACGAACUCUGACUCAUCUGCCAUCACGGCUGACGCUUGCAAAGAGUCUUCACGUCUUUGUAAAAAUGCAAGACUGUGGACAGAUGAGAAGCACAGUAUGUAUCUUGAUUCUUUAGAGGCAUCGUUUGUUACCGAGCUGCAGCGUUCUAUGCAUAUGCGUGCUAGGUGCUUAGAAGAUAAGACAUUGGGGCCAUAUCCAUCUGAAGAACCUCAAGCCAAAACUUGCAACUCUUCUGACCUGUUUGUGGUUCUACGAGAUGGCUGCUGGCAGAAGAUCAACUAUAAAAGCAACGAUUCUUUCUUGGACAGCACUGCUGAUUCUCAUGUUGUUCUAGAUAGUCCAUGGAUAUGCCAUUUUACAUCUGCAAGCAAGCGGCGUUGUGUAAGAUCUGCAGGCACCCAUGAACAUGGCGUUCCUUGUGAUGAAGAAAUUCACUUAAAAGGGAAUGUGCCCUCUGGAUCAUCAAGAGGUUUGGAGCAGCACUCUCUAUGUCACCAACGCCAGCAAGAUUUGAUUGGCAACACUACAGACUUGUUUGGAUUCUUUUCAGAGGUUUCAGAUCAGAACUUUUCAGAUGAAGACCAAGGAGAGAAGUCAGGCUGUGCAUCUGUGACGAAAAUGUCGAUGACAACUACAGCUGAUGAGUCAAGCAAUGUUCAAAUUGUGCUGUUUGGAAAAUUUCAUACGAAAGAUGCUUCAGCUGUUAAUAAUGCUUCCUCGGAGAAGAAACAAGGACAUUGUGAGCUGCUGUCAGGGCACCCUGAAAGCCGUGUCUGCCCAAAAUCUGAUCUGCAUAAUUUUCUAAAAGGGAGCUGAGUUUGUGACUUGGAAUUGUAAGUUUGACAGAUAACCAUCGGCAGUGAUACAUCGAAACAAAUUUGGUAAGCACUGCGGAAGCUUAUGAGCAACAAACUUUUUCGACCUUAAAUGGUAAGAGGAUUUGGUGCUGCUGGGGUUAACAUGGUGGCAAUGCUGACACAAGAUUUUUCACAAAUUUCAGUAGAAGAAAAGAAGAAAAAAGGAUCAACUUAGAUAUAGUAUCUAUCUUCCAUAAGAUGUAUGUAGUUUUGGAAGUUGAUUAUAAUUACCAUGCUGGUUAGCUAUUGGAGAUAAAGACUGUCUUUUAUUUUCC